CCUUUCGCCCCCGACAUGAUGGCGGCGGCAGCGCGGCCCGAGCAGCCGGACCUGGGCGGACUGGUGGACGCGCUCUGCGCGUCCGGCCGCUCCGCCGAGGCGCACCACCGCGUGGCGCUCCUCCUCUCCUCCGCAUCCGCGUCGCGCCGCCUCGACGCGACCACCGCCAACGGCCUCCUCGCCCGCCUCCUCCGCGCGCGCACGCCCCUUCUCACGCUCCGCCUCGUCCAGGCCGCCCCGUUCGUGCCCUCCCUCCCCAACUACAACCGCCUCCUCGCCCUGCUCUCCUCCGCCGCCGCGCCCUGGCUCCUCCUCCUCGCGCACCGCCUUCUCCUCCGCAUGCGCGUGCCUCCGAGCGUCGUCUCCUACGCCACUCUCCUGGACGGCUACGCAGGCGCGGCCGACCCUCGCGCCGCCCAGAAGCUGCUCGACGAAAUGCCCCGGUGGGGGCUCGCACCUAGCUCCCUCGCGCGCACCUUCCUCGUCAAGGCCUUCCUCCGCAGCCGCGACGUCGGCGCGGCCAUGGACCUCGUCGACAGCCAACUCUGGACCAGCAUGGAGCGCUGCCAUGAUGAGGACCAGGGGCUCAAGAACGCCGCGUUCGCCAACCUUGUGCAGUGUCUGUGCGGCGAGGGGUUCUUCCACAUUGUCUUUCGCGUCGCGGAGGAGAUGCCACAGCGGCGCUGCCUUGUCCCAGACGAGUUUGCCUAUGCCCAGAUGAUCGACUCUCUCUGCCGGGCUGGACAGCACCAUGGCGCCUCCAGAAUAGUGUACGUCAUGGGGAAGAGGGGCCUGCGCCCAAGCACCCUGUCCUACAACUGCAUUGUUCACGGGCUAUGCACCAGCCAGAAGCCCGGGGGACGCCUGAGGGCGUACCAGUUGGUGAUGGAAGGUGUGCGUUCCGGGUACCGGCCGAGAGAGGUAACAUACAAGGUACUCGUUGAAGAGCUCUGCCGGGAGAAAGAGCUUGCCAAGGCCAAGGAUAUCCUAGAGCUCAUGCUGCAACCCCAAUGUGGGCAUGACAAGGCUGACAUGGAGACCAGGACUAGGCUAUACAAUAUGUUCCUUGGGGCACUGCGUGCUGUGGACAACCCAAGCGAGCAGCUCAGUGUGCUCGUGUCCAUGUUGCAGGGGGAUUGUAAACCGGAUGUGAUCACUAUGAACACUGUCGUUCAUGGCUUCUGCAAAGUUGGGCGGACCCAGGAGGCUAGAAAGAUUUUGGACGACAUGAUUAACGGGAAGUUCUGUGCUCCUGAUGUUGUCACCUUCACCACCCUCAUUUCUGGAUACCUGGAUGUAGGUGAGCAUGCAGAAGCCCUCCAUGUGCUGCACACUUUGAUGCCUAGGCGCCGAUGUGCGCCUAAUGUCGUCACUUAUAAUUCUGUCCUCAAGGGAUUGUUCUGCCUUGGGCUAGUUGACAGAGCAAUGCAGGUCCUCGACGAAAUGAAAUUAAGUAGCAUCACUGCCGACUCUGUGAGUCACACUGUGGUGAUCAAAGGGUUGUGCGACGCGGGACAACUCGAGGAAGCAAAGGCGUUCUGGGACAAUGUAGUCUGGCCAUCAGGGAUACAUGAUGGUUAUGUGUACAGUGCAAUCUUGAGAGGCCUCUGCAAGCUGGGGAAACUGGAGCAGGCAUGCGAUUUCCUGUAUGAGUUGGCAGACUCUGGGGUUUGUCCCAGUGUUGUCUGCUACAACAUACUCAUUGACACUGCCUGCAAGCAGGGAUCGAAGAAGUUGGCCUAUCAAUUGGUGAAGGAGAUGAGAAGGAAUGGCCUUUCACCGGACGCUGUCACUUGGAGAAUUCUUGAGAAAUUGCACCUUUACGGCAAUGAAGAACAAGGGGAGGAGCACCAAGUCCCCACUUUUCAUGUCGAUCAAAGUUCUGCAGAUGACCAAGUAGAGCCUCUCGUCUCGACAAAAAAUGAGAUACCUUCGUUGUCAUCGUCUGAACAUUUGGGUGAAAUAUACAAGAAUAACAACGAAGCUAAGGUUGAAGAAACUGGAAGGUCACCAGAAAUGACUGAGAACCCAUCAGAUCUUACUGAGACAGCAAAAGAGCAGAACUAUCUGAUAGACAAUUCAGUGGUUGGACCUACAAUGGACAAGGAUCAUACAAUCAGUGAUGAUGGCUUCAACAAGCAGGAUAAGCAACCUCUAAGAGAAUCACUUUCUGGAGUAGCCAGAAGGGUUUUUGGCUUGCUCUAGAACAAGAACAAGUGUUGCUGGUUAGAAGGGGCACAUACUUUUCAAAAAAAAGAAGGGGCACAUAUUAGAACAUAGUGCAAUGAAGGCUAAAUUUUUAUUGUUAUUUUGGACCUGUCAAUGAAGGCCGAGUUAGUGACAACGGCAAAGCUGGUAACCUGUCCACCUAUUGGAGAAUAAGGCUUGAGCUUGACUGACAUGACUGAUUUUUGGCUGCACUUGACAUAAGCUUGUCGAUAACCAAUCUGACAUGUUUUAUAAGUGCAUCUCUACUCAGUACUCACCCAACAACUAAAUCCAUAAUUUUGCAGAAAUCGAUGGAGAGUAAAGAACACUGCAUGCAGUGUCUUCAGGUUGCUCAAGUUUUGCAAUUGCUCGCCACUGUCAGGUCUUGUUGUGUUGUGAUGCAUAUGAAGAUACUUGGGAGCAUGCUCUACUUUAUUCUACAAUGUCUAAGUGCACCUGGGCUUUUUUUGAUGAAGAUCUCAUGGAGAUGCUUGCAAGCCUGUGAAUCACUGAUCCAGUCCAUAUAUGUAACAGCAUGUCACAAGGUGAGACGGCCAAGGUACUUAUCACUUCAUGGGCGGUAUUGUUGGCGCGUCUCAAGGUAUUGAGAGCGUUUUGACAAGGACUGAUGUUACUGUCGGACUUGUUAACUGUAUGCUGCUGGCCUGGAGUUCAUCUAUGAAGAGCGGUUUGCUUCUGGUGAUGGCGGAGCUGUAAAACACGGGAUUAGGGGAUGGAUCUUGCUGGGUCCAGGGGAGGUGAUACUGAACACUGACAUUGCUCUUCUCUGAGGCAAUUCCAUGGCAGCGGACACAGCUGUCUGCCGUGAUCAAAAGAGCCUGAUAUAAUGGAAACUAUGGCGAGCGCAGAUGUUUUGAUUGUAUUAAGGUGGCUUCAGAUUGCUAAUUCCAUCAACAACUUUGUAGGAGACGAACAGGUGCUCUUACAUGAUGUUCAUCCAAGACGAAGAAUCGCGCACAGAUUGGACACGGUAGGUAGGGAUGCAGAGGUAGCAGCUCACAGCUCAGCAUUGCUCGCUUGUACUCUGGGUGUUGAUGGCCAAUAUAUGGAAGGUAAUAACCUGCGGUUUAA